GAAGCUCCACAACCACAGUGCACUUGAUUUCAAUUUCUAUUUCCCAACUUCAAUUCUUUAGCCUUCUAUAUAUCAUCUAUCGUAUUCUAACAAAGAUGCUGAACUUGAAGCACCUCUCUAUAAUUUGCAGCAUUCUUGUUGUGGCUAUCAUUUCAAUGUCAGCAUGUCAUUGCAGAGUUUUGCAACCAAAUGAUUUGAAACUCAUUGAGGAAACUUGCAAGAGAACCCCAAAACCUAAUCUUUGUCUUCAACUCCUAAAAGGUGACCCCCGUGCCCCUAGCGCUGAUACUGCAAGCCUUGCAUUGAUUUUGGUCGAUGUGAUCAAAGCCAAAGCAAAUGAAGCCGAGAAAACAAUCAAGCAACUUCUUAAGCAGGGUGGGAAUAAGAAAGCCUUAAGUGAAUGUGCUGUCGAUUACAAAGGGAUUUUGAUACUUGAUAUACCACAAGCCACUAGGGCUGUGAGGGGAGACCCCAAAUUUGCAGAUGAUGCGGUAAGUGAUUGUGCUGUUGAGGCUGAUAUUUGUGAGAAUCGCUUCAAUGGGAAAUCACCACUCACCCAUGUGAAUAAUGGUAUGCGUGAUGUGGCGAAUGUGGCAAGGGCCAUUAUUAGGACUUUGCUCUAGGUACUCAUUAUUUCCUGUUUGACUAGAGAGAAAAAAAAAACGUGUCAUUAACAAACUGUCCAAAUAUAAAAGGAUAAUGAGAGACAUUAUUGUAUGAAAAUGAAGUCUAUUUGAAUGAAUGUUAUUGGAAAUUGUUUGUUCAGGCA